GGCCGGGGUCCGGGGAGGGGGGCCACGUGUGCGCCGCUCCGGGCCUCCGCUCGGCCGGCCGGGGCAGGAACCGGUCCUCGGUGCUCCGCGUGGCCCCCGGCCCCUAUUUAUACGGCCGGGUCUCCAGUCUCCUCGCCCAUGCACCGCCGCGGAGCGUCCAUCGGAAUGGUGGAGAUCUCCUCCUAGGCCGCUACUCGUCUGGAUAAGAGGCAAUCCUAAUCCUCAUCCUAAUCCAAUCCUAUCGGGAAGAAGGCUGCGACCGGCGGGCGCUGCGAGGAUGAUGAUGGAGAAGCAGGCGCAGGAAGGGCAGCAGGCGGCGGCGGCGGGGGUGGUGCACAGCCAGGUGCGGCGGAUCAAGCAGGAGGAGGACGAGAAGGUCAAGGUGCAUGAGACGUACCAGCACCACGUCGCCGAGAUGCGCCUCGUCCUCCGCCGGGACCUCGCCAGGCAGCGCUCGCGCUCGCCGCUCGGCCGCGCCGGGCGCCCAGGCGCCAUCUCCAUCGGCGGCGACUCCUGAUCGUCCCCGGCCAGCCGGCACACCGGUGCCCGCCUCGGGGAGAGAAGGCGGCGGCCGAUCGUCGUCUCCACCCGUGCGUUCCGUCGUCGUCGUCAGGUGCUAGGAUCGAUCAAUCGACUGGGUCGAUCGCCGUUAGGAUUUUCGUUUGAUGAUGAUCGCCGUCUUAUUGGCAUGGUCAGAGUACGUGGUCGUUGAGUUGGAAAAUUUUCUGUUGUUUCUAGGGUCAUGAUGAUGCUCCUGUCUGGAUGGAUCAUGUAAAUACAUUUUUUUUUGCAUUUUUGUCGACUUAGGAUGAUAUGAAUUUCUCUCGUCGCUGCAGCUUUGGGGAGAAAAUAUGAAAAGAUUUCUCUUUGUAGGGCGACUGUUACAAUUUUCUUGGAAAGAUUACUUAUAGUUGGUCUGUCUGGUGAAAACAUUUCUUUCU